AUGGCUGUGUAUGGUGGCUCCAUAAUGGCUGUGAGUGAGGCCCUGGUGUGUGUGAGGAACACUCUCCUGCCACUCUGGCUGGGGGUGAUUCUGUUCCCAUAUGGAUGGUUCCAGGCUGUGCACUCCCAACGCCAUGGUCCCCCAGAAGUGGUGAUUCCCUUGAGGGUAACAGGCACUGGCUUUGGCAUGAAGACUAAAGACUGGCUCUCUUACAGAAUGCAUUUUGGCGGGCGGAAUCAGGUCAUAAACAUUAAGGUCAACAGUCAUUUUCUAUCUAGACAUUUCCCAGUGUUUACCUACUCGGACCAGGGCGCUCUCCUUGAGGACCAGCCUUUUAUCCAGAAUGACUGCUACUAUCAUGGUUAUGUGGAGGGGGACCCAGAAUCCCUGGUUGCCCUCAGUACCUGUUUGGGAGGUUUUCAAGGAAUAUUACAAACAAAUGACAUUGUUUAUGAAAUAGAGCCCAAAAGACUUUCUACCACAUUUGAACAUCUCUUAUUUAGAAUGAAGAGUGAAGAGACACAAUUGCCACCCAUGAAAUGUGGAUUAUCAGAUGAAGAAAUAGCAAGACAAUUGAAAUUUCAGGAGAGUGCUAAUUUCACUUUGAUGCAGAGUGGGUAUGAAGGCUGGUGGACACACCACCGGCUUCUUGAACUGGCAGUGGUGGUGGACCACUACCGCUAUCUUCAUCACCAUAGUAACACCACAGCAGUGCAGCAUGAAGUAUUCAGUGUAGUCAAUGGAGCACAUAAGUUUUUAAAGUCAUUGGAUGUUGAUGUGGUUUUAAUGGGACUUGAGGUCUGGACUGAAAAAAACCCCAUUUCAAUAAAAAAAAGUGGUCUCGUAGAAGCAUUUUGCAAUUGGAAGAAAGCUAGCUUUAAUAUGCGCUUGCCCCAUGAUGUUGCACACCUUUUUGUAAAGCAAGGCUAUGGUAUUGAUCUUGGCUUAUCCUUUGUUGGAACAGUAUGUAACUAUAAUUAUAACUGUGGAGUUGAUAGUUUCAGGUAUGGUAAUGUGUAUUCUUCUGCAUAUACUGUGGCACAUGAGAUUGGUCAUAAUUUGGGUAUGCUUCAUGAUGACAAAACUUGUAAAUGUGGAAAUAAUCAAUGCAUAAUGUAUGCAUAUCCAACAAGUGCAACUAGAUUCAGCAACUGCAGUUAUGCCAGCUUCAUGAACAGCAUUGCAAGUCAAAAUUGUUUGAACUUUCCUUCAAAUACUGGGAAAAGCUUCACACUUGCACGGUGUGGGAACAGUGUGAUUGAAGAAGGAGAAGAGUGUGACUGUGGCGCUUUACAUUUGUGUAUGAAAGAUCCGUGCUGUGAGUCCAACUGCACUCUCAGCCCUGGGGCUGCUUGUGCUUCUGGGCUUUGUUGCAAAGACUGCCAGAUCCUGCCCACAGGCGAAGUUUGUAGACAAGAGGAAAAUGAGUGUGAUCUCCCAGAGUGGUGCAAUGGGACAUCCUACCAUUGUCCAGAGGAUGUGUAUGUGCAGAAUGGGAUGCCAUGCAAGGGCGGUGGCUACUGCUAUGAAAAGAGAUGCAAUAUCCGUGAAGAGCAGUGUAGGAACAUUUUUGGCAAAGAGGCCAAGAGUGCAAAUCAGAGUUGCUACACAGAAAUUAACACCCGAGGUGACCGUUUUGGGAACUGUGGUUUAAUGAACGGUGGAUACAUAAAAUGUAGCAUCUUAGAUAUCUUGUGCGGAAGGAUUCAGUGUGAUAAUGUGAUACAAAUUCCCCUUCUAAGGGAUCAUUCUACUGUGCAUUGGACUCACAUCAAUGGCGCCACCUGCUGGGGUACCGACUACCACUUCGGGAUGACAGAUCCUGACAUUGGUGAUGUGAAAGAUGGGACAGCGUGUGGGCCAGAUCAUAUCUGCGUCAAAAGGAGGUGUUAUCAUAGGGCACAUCUGACAUUUUUUUGUUCACCUAAGACCUGCAAUCUGAAAGGAGUCUGCAACAACAGACAGCACUGCCAUUGCAACUCGGAGUGGGACCCUCCCAAAUGCCUGAAAAGAGGCAGUGGAGGUAGUGUUGAUAGUGGACCACCCCCUCGGUAUAAAAGGAAGAAAAUGAGGCAAACAACCAAUUCCCUGAUACUACUUUGGUACCUUGCUUUUAUGAUGUUGUUAUGCUGCUUAAUUUUGUGUUUUCUGGCACACAAAAGAAGAGCUAAGAGAAAAGAGCCUAAUGUGUCACCUACACAUGAGUAUGAAGAACACAAUGUCAAGACUUUACCUACAGAAAAAGAGCAAGAUGUUCCAAUUUCAUCUAAGGAAGAACAGUGA